AUGAUGCGAUCAGGAGUUAAAAUGACCACCAUGUUGUUUGUACUGAUUUUAUCGCUCAUGGCCGCUUUCUGCUCUGCUCAGAACAACAAGCAAUCAGACACCAAGGUAACUGCAUUCAUACAUAUGGUCACUACACACUUUUUAAUACAGUUGAUGUUAAUUCAUGGAGAAACUAGGAAAAGCGUAUCAUGUGUUAAUUUUACUAAAUCAGUCUGCAGGUUGAUUAAGAAAUGCUCAAAAUGCAUUCAAAAAUUAAGAUGGUAUGAUUACUUGUGCAAUCGAACGCUAUAGAGAAAGAACAUUUUUACGUUUAAAACAAUCAAAAGUAACAUCAUUACCAACGUGGUAAAUACUAUAACAUAUCUUCUUUACUGAAAAAUGAAUCAUGUUCUUUAAUCACAAUUUACGCGCGUUCAUAUAAGAAACCCAAAAUAAACACUUGCAAUUAACGAAAAGCACUUCCUCACAUGGAUUGAAACGCUAAACGACAGACAAAAUGGUCCAAGGCUACUAGAAUUUGUCAUUAAAUUUUCUGUUUUUUUUGCAGCCUGUUCAAUCUUGUCCAUAUUGUAAUAAUGGUGGACAAACCGGGAUGUGGACAUACAUGACAUGUGUCCCAGGAGCCCCUGGGGCACCUGGUCGAGAUGGAGCCAAAGGAGUCCUGGGUAGCCCGGGGAAAACUGGGACCCAAGGACCACGUGGUGCUGAUGGAAAGAAAGGAGCAAAGGGAGAGACCGGGAUCCAGGGAUCCGCCGGACAAAAAGGACAGCAAGGGGACAAAGGCGGCAGUGGAACGGCACGACUGGCUUCACACAUGAACUGGAAGGAGUGCACUUGGAAAAGAGUGGACACAAAAAAUUCAGGACUGAUAUAUGUAAGUGUGCAACGUCACUUUAUCACUAUAAUUAAAGGAACAGUAUCCCGUUACUGCGCAUGUACCAAACUUUGAUUUUCUGACAGGAUGUCGCGAAUUCAAAAGAUACGAAAAGGGUAACAGAACCUUGAAAAAUCCGUUUGCAUUGCGCUUGACCAAGUUUGAUACUACACUACAACUUCUCAGAAUUACAGAUCAAUGAUAUAUUGUUCACCUUAAAUUUCGAUUUGGGCGAAAUCGGGAUAAUAACGCGUUACUUUCAUUGCCGUUGGCCGGAAGCCCAAGAGAAGGGAAACGCUUCAAUGACAGUUAAAGGCUUAUUUCUCCCGCCAGCUGACCACAUAAGCUCAGAUAAUCGUGAAAGGAAUACCCAGAAAUGGAAUAGCAACAAUAAAGACCAUGUAAGAAAGAAACCAUUGAGACAUGGAUGUGACGCACAACAUUGUGCAACGACGUGUUAGUAACUUUAAAAUAAACCUCCCUACGGCGAACAAAUCAAACAAACAGGCACUACUUGUCACUAACAUGUUUAAGGAAAGCAUAAUAUAAUGUUUGACUAACCUUUGCGAUGCUAAUUCAUCGCGUUGAGAUUGCAUUGUCAUUCAUAUCUUGCGACCUUUUGAGGCUAGAACGCGAGCAAAUAUUACUGGAUUUGACUUGUCACAAAUUGACCUCUGAUACGAGUUUCACAGCAGAAAAUCUGUUUUAAAAGCGAGCUGAACGAGCUUUUCUUGUCGCGAGGUGGACGAGCUACGACAAAAUCGCGGUAAGUCUUCGUGCCGCAAGCCAAUUUUUAAAUAGAACGAAAUACUUCUUCGAAAGUCUAAAAUAUUACUUGAGAAUGUAAACAACAAAUCUCCGUCGAUCGGCGGGCGCGGUCCGGAAGGAAAUCUUGUCGCAUUAAUAUGACAGUUCUGUUAGCUGUCGACACACUACAGACUUUUUACCUAGGUAAACUCGAAUUGUUGACAGUUACCUAGGGAAACUUGAUUUUUUAAGUGUGACCGAUUUUUCCCUAGGUAACUUACCUCGGGGAAUUUUAUCGUCUGGGGCUUUGAUAUGUCUCGAGAACAAUAGACUUUCCCUUGACAGCUACCCCAAAGCGAUAGCUAGGGAAAAAUGAAAUACCGAGGUUGCUAGCCAAUAGACGCUCAUCGGCGAAGGCCUUGAUGACAGAACCGGACAUAGCUCACGCGGUGAAAGAAAUUUGGGGGCACGAGUCGUCUACAUUUUCGCCUGUCUUCACCUUGCACGUUGAAUUAGCCUAAGAAAUACAGCGAGAUAAAAGAAAAAAAAAACGUCUCUUUGAUCCGCUAGAUCCCUGCGCGUCUUGCCUCUUUGAAUUUACGUUCCAAAAAAUUCAACUGUCCGUGAAAACCUUUGGAGCCGAUAUCAGUAGUGUGACUUUCCCAGAAUUUUUUACCGAGGUAAAACAAAACCCGAGAUGAAUUUACCGUGGGAAUUUUUUGAUGAAUUUGCCUUAGGUAAAUCGGUUUUGCCUAGGUAAAAGUCCGUAGUGUGACCACAGCUAUUGUCUUUUUAAGAAGAAACAGAUGACGCUGGCCAGAAAUCUCGAACCAAGGUUUUCGUGCUAAUUACAUGAAUGUGUUUCUUAAUGAUUUAAGCUGCUGUCAAAUCCAGCCUUGUGCGGGCUCAUUGUCACGAUACACACACAAGAAAGUAUUUACAGUCAAAAACUGGUCGCUGAACGAAACUACUGUCAAUUGUUUUGAAAUGUGUUCAAAAUGCAAAAAAUCAUCUCUCGAACGAGAGGUUUUGGAUGAAUAUCAGGAAAUUUAGCCGUGCAGUCCAUACUGAAAUUUACGGCGUUUUCAAAGUUAAAACCGAAAACAGAUUUAAUCGGCAAUUGCAAAAUGUGACUGGUUUUCGAAAGUAAGUAUCUUCAACUCCCAGAAACAAUCAGAGGCCGUUGUAUACGACGAACUCGGACCAGAACUGGAACACUUUAACAGUUACUGCAGUGGGCUCUGUUUAGCGUUGUAUUCGCCGACACUGCCAUGCAAAUCCUUUACGGUCAAUUUGCAAAUCUGUUUACUUUAAAACCGAAACGGACAAAACUUACAAGGUACUUUUAAAUGCAGAUUCAUUUAGUUAAACAAAAUAUAAUAGAAUUGAUAGGGUGUCGGCGGAUACGAAUGCCUCUAGGGCAGUUUUUUUUCGAUUUUUGAUCUCUUCUUAGUUAUUUCUCUGUAAUGAAAAUUGCCUUUAGUUGAUAUUUUCUGAGUGUCUGAAGGUGUCACCUCUCAUAGCCUGCGAACGGCAGGCAUUUCUCCUCGCUCAUCGCCGCUGAGUGACGUUUCGCGAGGAGGAACGUCUGCGACUCAGCGACGGAAAUUCCAUACUGAUGACGCAAAAUCUGUCCGGAAUCCGCUCAGAAGCGCUAAUUGGUCGACGGAGUAGUUUCAUUGUUCUAGCUAUUGUUGACAAAUGACAGACAAAAGACAAAAGGCGGCAAAGGUCAAAUGUAAAAGCGAUGAAUCUCUAACAAAACAGUCAAUAUUUGUCUUUUCUAGAAGUAGCCUUUGAGUUUUCAGUGCUGGAGCUCAUUCGCAGCUGAACACAACAGUUUUUUAAAAUCGACCAGGACAAACGUAAAAUCGAACAAAUUUGCAUUUGGAACCCCAUGACUACCGGAUUUAUUAACUAGUAAAUAUCGAUUUACUUCAUCAGUAUGGAAUUUCUGUCGUUGAGUCGCAGAAGUUCCUCUUCGCGAAACGUCCCUCAGCGGCGAAAAGCGAGGAGAAACGUCUGCCGUUCACAGGUUACACCUCUCACCGCGCAUGUCGAUUCGAAAUUUCUGGCAAUGAUUAUAUUCUACUAGUUCACACCAAGUAGUUUUCACUAAAAAGAUUGAUUGUCAUAGUACACAGAUGCUGUUUACUUUCUUUAUAUGUUCUUCAGAACUGUGACUUUGUAAAGAAAUACGCGGGCUCUUCCCUCCAUGUCUACUAUGCUGGUAACCUCAGGUAUGCCUUAUGUGACAAUUGUUGUGGUCGCUGGUAUUUCACCUUCAAUGGAGCCGAGUGCAGCUCUCCAGGAACUAUUGACGGUGCAUUCUACUUGGCAACUGGCCGAAACCACAAUCCUCAUCUUCACCGCCACAUUGAAGGUCACUGCAAUAACAUUCAGAAAGGACAGGUGAGAGUGGGAUUCUGGGUUGGAAAGUGCGUCUCAGGCCAUAAGCUUGCUGACGCUCAGACUGGUUGGCAUUCACUGAGUCGUAUCUUCAUUGAAGAAGUGCCAAAAGCCCAGCAGUAA